AUGAAUCAUUCUUUCCAGGACACUGGAUCUCGUGACAUUCACGAAGAUGGAAAGCUUUAUGUCGUGGAUUCCAUUAAUGACUUAAACAAACUAAACCUCUAUCCUGCUGGAUCACAGCAUCUGUUCCCUCUUGAAGAGAAAAUCCCAGACUUUGGCACACACUCAAGAAAUGGGAGGCGGAGUCUGUUCUUUAUGGGGCUGCUAAUUGCACUGAUCGUCAGCUUGGCACUGGUUUUCUUCGUGAUAUUUCUAAUAAUUCAAACUGGAAACAAGAUGGAUGAUGUGUCAAGAAGACUAACAGCUGAUGGAAGGGACAUAGAUGACCUAAAGAAAAUCAACAACAUGAUCAUAAAGCGACUCGACCAACUGGACUUGGAGAAGAAUUAG